UCCAUUCUGGCAGCUCCGCGCCAUGGUGCUGGAGUCGGUGGUGGCGGAGCUGCUGAACCGCUUCUUGGGCGACUACGUGGAGAACCUGAACAAGUCUCAGCUCAAGCUGGGCAUAUGGGGGGGUAAUGUGGCACUUGACAAUUUACAGAUAAAGGAGAAUGCAUUAAGUGAACUGGAUGUACCUUUUAGAAUAAAAGUUGGUCAGAUAGAUAAACUCACUUUGAAGAUUCCUUGGAAGAAUCUCUAUGGUGAGGCAGUUGUUGCAACUCUAGAAGGCUUAUAUCUUCUGGUUGUUCCUGGAGCAAGCAUUAAAUAUGAUGCAGAGAAGGAAGAAAAAUACUUGCAGGAUAAUAAACAAAAGGAACUGGCAAGAAUUGAGGAAGCCUUGCAGAAAGCAGCAGAAAAAGGCACUCAUUCACAAGAUUCCUUGUAUGGGUUGGAGAGUCUGAUUUACAAGGACGCCAAGCCUGGACGUAAGCGUAAAAAGUAUAAAAAGCAUUUUAAGAGACCCUUUAAAAGUCAUGAUCGCUCAAAAGACAAACCAAAGGAGGAGAAGAAAGAUACUUUCUUAGAAAAGCUUGCGACUCAAGUGAUAAAAAAUGUGCAAGUCAAAAUCACAGGCAUUCAUGUUAAAUAUGAAGAUGACAUCACAGAUCCACAGUGUCCGAUUUCCUUGGGAAUGACUUUAAGCGAGCUUAGUUUACUGACAACAAAUGAGAACUGGACACCUUCUAUUCUGAAUGAAGCUGCAAAAAUAAUAUACAAGCUUUUGCGCCUGGACAGCCUCAGUGCUUAUUGGAACGUACACAGCAAAAUGUAUUAUCAUGGCUCCCGAGAACAAAUACUGGAUCAGCUGAAAAGAGGAAUUCCGUGUAGUGGUAACCAGGCUCAAGACUACCAGUACAUUUUCAGACCCGUGUCAGCCUCUGCAAGACUGUGUAUCAACCCAUACGCGGAAGUAGAACUAAAAUCUCCCAAGAUUGAUUGUAAUGUUGAAGUACAGAGAAUUGUCAUUGAAUUCACUAAGCCCCAGUACCUCAGCAUGAUAGACCUUCUGGAGUCCAUAGAUUAUAUGGUUCGCAAUGCACCGUACAGAAGAUUUAGGCCAGAUGUGCCUCUCCAUGAAAAUGCCAGACAAUGGUGGAGUUAUGCAGGUAACAGUGUUCUUGAAGUUCACAUCAAGAGACAUACUCGAAUGUGGUCAUGGAGUAACAUAAAACAACAUAGGCAGCUUCUGAAGAGUUAUAAAAGUACAUACAAGAGCAAGCUGACACAGAGUAAACUGUCAGAAGAAACACAGAAGCAAAUUCAGGACCUAGAAAAGAAGCUUGAUGUCUUCAGUAUAAUUUUAGCAAGACAACAAGCACAAGUUGAGACAAUAAGAUCAGGACAAAAACUACUGAAGAAGAAAAGCGGUGAAACAGAAAAAAAAAGUUCAGGAUGGUUUGGUGGCUUCUGGGGUAGAAGAGAAUCUAGGAAAAAGGAAGAUGAAGAAUCAUCUGUCCCUGAAACCAUUGAUGAACUAAUGACACCAGAAGAGAAAGCUAAGCUCUUCACUGCUAUUGGAUAUAGUGACAGCUCACGUGACCUUUCCUUACCAAAGCAGUAUGUUGCCCAUGUUGUGACACUGAAGCUGUUAAGCACUUCUCUUACAAUUAAGGAAGACAAGAAUGUGGCGGAAACUCUUAAAGUACAGAUAAUUGAUCUCAGUACCAAAAUAUCACAGCGCCCAGGAGCACAAGCCAUUAAGGUUGAAGCAAAACUUGAAAACUGGUAUGUUACAGGCCUGAAACAAGAAAACAUUGUGCCGUCUCUUGUGGCUUCCAUAGGGGAUAGCAGGUCUUCUCUACUUAAGAUAGAGUUUGAUAUUAACCCAGAGGAUAGUACUGCUGACCAGAGUCUUACUAUUGAAUCACAGCCUGUGGAAAUAAAAUAUGAUGCGAGAACAAUAAAUGCAAUGGUGGAAUUCUUUCAGACAAGUAAGGGAAUGGAUCUUGAAAGAUUAACAUCAGCCACAUUAAUGAAGCUGGAAGAAAUCAAGGAAAGAACUGCUUCAGGAUUAGCUCGUAUAAUUGAAAUGCGGAAAGUCCUUGACUUGAAGAUUAAUCUGAAACCUUCCUACCUUGUGGUUCCACAGACUGGUUUCUACCAUGAAAAGUCAGAUUUGCUGAUUUUGGAUUUCGGUACAUUUCAGCUGAACAGCAUAAAUCAAGGCAGUAGUCAAGCUUCCAGCUUUUCAUCUUUAGAAGAGAUUAUGGACAAAGCUUAUGACAAAUUUGAUGUGAAAAUAAAAAACGUGCAACUUCUUUUUGGAAGAGCAGGUGAAGACUGGAAAAAGGCUCGUUUUCAACAUCCAUCAACUUUGCACAUAUUACAGCCUAUGGAUAUUCAUGUACAGUUGGCAAAAUCGAUGGUGGAAAGAGAUACCAGGAUGGCAAAGUUUAAAGUGUCAGGGGGACUUCCUUUGGUGCACGUCAGACUCUCUGACCGGAAAAUCAAGGCAAUUUUUGAUCUGAUUGAUAGCAUUCCACUGCCUCAGAAAUCAUCCGUGUCAAUUCCAAGCACAAAGGUACCAUCUAUUCCUGCAAUUGGUGUUGUCAAGAAAACUUUACUUGAUACGCCACAGUUGUUAGCAGAAAUAGUGUCAGACUCUGAAGAAGAAUAUUUGGAUUUUGAGGGAAGUUCUGAAUCAGCUGAAAGGUCACUGAUUAAAGGAGAAGAAAUGGGAAAUAAGGAGCCUGCUAAAGAGGAACUGACAGAUCUUCAGUUGAAGUUUGAAAUUAAAGAGGUUUUAGUAGAACUCACCAGGCAGAAGAAAACUGAGGAAACAGUGCUUGUAUUUGAUGUAAUGCAUCUUGGGACAGAAGCUACCGUCAGAACCUAUAAUUUAGCAGCUGUAUCUUACUUAAAGAAAAUAAGCUUGGAUUACUAUGAAAUUGGAGGUAAAAAAGCACCCAUUCAUCUAAUUAGUUCUUCAGAUAAACUUGGCUUAGACCUUCUGAAAGUGGAAUAUAUUAAGGCUGACAGAAAUGGGCCACACUUUCAGACGGUUUUUGACAACACUGAACAGAAGAUUCAAGUAGCUUUUUCAUCAUUGAACCUUCUGCUGCAUACAGAGGCCCUUAUGUCUGCCCUCAGUUUUCUAACAACUGUUAGUCCGUUAAGCAGUGGAAGUAGUAGAGACACACCAACUGGAGACGAAAAGCAAGAAGAUGACCCUAGAUUGAAGAAAGUGGCUAGACCUUCCAAGGAUAAGGACGUCUUUGACUUCAAGCUUUUUGCCAAGCUGGAUGCCUUCUGUUUAAAUAUUUGUGAUGAAAAAAAGAACAUUGCAGAGAUCAAGAUACAAGGUCUUGACUCAUCUCUUCUCCUCCAGCCAAGUCACACUGCAUUCUUCGCCCGACUUAAAGACAUAGUUGUCACAGAUGUUGAUUCAAGGACCCUUCAUAAAAAAGCUGUGUCUAUAGUAGGAGAUGAAGUUUUCAGUUUCAAUCUGACAUUAGAUCCGUGUGCUACUGAGGGAGAAGCCUACACUGACAUGUCAAAAGUGGAUGGUACCGUAUCUUUGAAAGUAGGCUGUAUUCAAAUAGUAUACCUUCACAAAUUUCUCAUGUCUCUUUUGACUUUCAUGAACAACUUCCAGACAGCUAAGGAGGCACUGAGUGCUGCUACAGUCCAAGCUGCAGAAAAGGCUGCUACCAGUGUAAAAGACCUGGCUCAAAGGAGUUUUCGACUUGGGAUGGACAUUCACUUGAAAGCACCAGUGAUAGUCAUUCCAGAGUCCUCAGUUUCCCCCAAUGCUAUAGUAAUCGAUCUUGGCCUGAUUCAAGUUCAGAACCAGUUUAGCUUGGUGUCUCCAGAAGGCAGUUCGCUCCCUCCAGUCAUUGACAAAAUGGAUGUGCAGCUGACAAAGCUGAAGCUGUCUAGGACCACUGUGGAGUCAGAUUUGUCUCAUCAAGACAUUCAGAUACUUCACCCUAUUAAUUUAAGCCUGUCUGUGAAACGAAAUCUCUCUGCAGCUUGGUUUCACAAAUUACCAAUGUUGGAGGUCACAGGGCAUCUGGAUACAAUGAACGUUGUGUUAAGUCAAGAGGAUCUGAGUGUCUUUCUCAAAGUGUUGACAGAAAACCUUGGAGAAGCAGAAGAAAAAACAACUCCAGCAAAAUCCUUACUGGAGAAGGAAGGUAAAACGAAAGAAGUGGAGAAAUACGUUUUAACACAGGAUAAGAGUGUUUCAGAAGGGAUGCUGUCGGAAAAGACAAAAAAAGCAGUAAAUGGAGAUGUAAUCCAUAUGCUACUUAAUUUUGAAAUCAAAGAGGUUGUAAUAACUUUGAUGAAGCAGGUUGAGAAGGAGAGAUAUCCGUUACAUAUUCUAACUGUGCUACAGCUUGGAACUGAAACCAAAAUUAGAAGUCAUGAAUUGACUGCAGCAGCAUAUCUGAAAAAAAUUACUGUGAGAUGCGUUGAAAUAAAUGACUCAAAAGGAGAUCCUCUUUACAUUAUUAAUUCUUCAAGUGAGACAGAUGAACGUCUUCUGAAAAUGGAAUACAUUAAGGCUGAUGCUGAUGGACCAGAUUUUGUUACUACUUACAGAAGCACUAAGCAAAACAUCAAUGUCAUGUUUUCAUGUUUGGAUAUAGUACUUCACACAGAGGCUUUGCUUUCUAUCUUGAGUUUUCUCACAUUUAAUAUUCCAUCAGAUGGUCUUCCAAGUACUGAUAAGGCAUCAGACCACAAGCCUCAAAUAAAAGAACAAGAAAAAGGAAAUAGUCUUAGACCAGUGUCUAGUAGUGCAGCCUGUGAUGACAUCUAUGAAUUAAAACUCACCGCAAAGCUAAAUGCAUUCAAUAUUACAGUGUGUGAUCAGACCCAUAGCAUUGCAGACAUAAGAAUACAAGGAAUGGAUGCAUCUGUAGCUAUGAAAACGAAAAAGAUUCAAGUGUUCUCCAGACUUGAGGACAUUGUAAUUACAAAUGCUGAUCCAAAAACAAUCCAUAAAAAGGCUGUCUCCAUAAUGGGAGAUGAAGUGUUUAGAUUUCACAUGUCACUUUAUCCAGACGCUACAGCAGGGGAAGCCUAUGCUGAUAUGUCGAGGGUGGAUGGUAAAAUGUCUCUGAAAGUGGGCUGCAUCCAAAUAAUUUACCUACAUGGAUUCUUCAUGUCUCUCUUGAACUUCCUAAACAAUUUCCGGACGGCACAAGAAGCCCUGACUGCAGUCACUGUCCAGGCAGCAGAAAUGGCUGCUUCCAGCAUGAAAGAUUUUGCUAAAAAGAGCUUCCGCCUCUUAAUGGAUGUCAACUUGAAAGCUCCAGUUAUAGUUGUUCCUGAAUCUUCAACUUCAUGUAAUGCUUUGGUAGCUGAUCUUGGUUUAAUCAGAGUCCAGAAUGAAUUCAAGUUGGUAUCUUCAGAUGAGUCUUCUCUUCCUCCAGUCAUUGACAACAUGGAUGUGCAGCUAACUCAUUUGAAAUUAUCAAGGUGCAUUACAUCUACAGAUUCUCAGCCAGAUUCUGAAAUUCUGUGUCCUGUGAGUUUGACUUUACUGGUCCAGAGAAAUUUAGCGGCAACUUGGUAUCAUAAAACACCAACAAUUGGGAUCAAAGGAGACCUAAAACCAAUGCAGAUUGCACUCAGUGAAGAGGAUCUGACUGUUAUCAUGAAAAUUUUACUUGAAAACCUUGGAGGGGCUUCUUCGCAGCCAAAUACUGUGCGAGAGAACAUUCAAGAUACACGGAUACUUAAAGGGAAGGUUCCAACUGGAUCAAGUCUCUGUGAGGAUCCCCUUGCUUUUGGACAAGAAAAUGUUUCUACGGCUCACUCUUCUGUGGAAUGUUAUACAGCGCUUAAGUUUGACUUCAAUUUUGAGUCACUUUCAGUAACUCUCUACAGUAGAGAUAUGAAUCAGAAGUGUCCGGUUUCCCUGCAUAAUGACAAAUUACGCCUUGGUGAACUCCGACUACAUCUCAUGGCAUCAUCGGCGAAGAUGUUUUCAGAUGGCUCAAUGGAUAUUAAUGUUAAACUCAAGGCAUGUACACUGGAUGAUCUCAGAGAAGGAAUUCAGAAUGUGACCGCAAGAAUGAUAGACAAGAAGGAUGACACAAAUGACAGUUCUAUGAUAGAUAUAAGCUACAAGCAGGAUAAAAGCGGAACUAAAGUCAUUGCUGUCCUUGACAAGCUGUAUGUAUGUGCCAGUAUGGAGUUUUUGUUGACAGUGGCAGACUUUUUCAUUCACUCAAUGCCAGCAUCCUCAACCGCAAGAUCUACGCAGUUCCAGUUAAAGCAUACUGCGUCUGGGAAAUGCAAGUCGGAAACAGAAAUAUCCAUGCAGCCAAACAUGACAGUAAAAGCUGUGAUCAUGGAUCCAGAAAUCGUGUUUGUUGCUAAUUUGACCAAUGCUGAUGCGCCCGCCUUAAAAGUUUCCUUCCAGUGUGACUUCUCUCUAACAUCUGAAAAGACUGUACAAAGGAUGACUGCUCAAGUGAAGGGCUUCAAAGUGUUGGCCUGUGCCUUUCUCAAAGAAAAACAAGACAAGAAUGUUACUACAGUGUUACAACCAUGUUCUUUGGUCAUGGAGAAUAUGGUGCGUGCCUCAGGGAUGCAAAGUGUGGUAGUAACAGUGGAAGAACUUGUUAUAAAGAUCUCACCAAUAAUUCUGAAUACUGUGAUGACCAUUAUGGCUGCCAUAAAACCCAAAGCAACAGAGGAGGCUUCUAGAGGAGCAGUUGAAGUCCCUGAGAAUUUGUGGCAAGUGAAGCCCAUAGAUGAGUGCAAUGCUUGGUUUCUUGGUGUUGAUGUAGCCACGGAAGCAACAGAAGCCUUUAUGGACCGUGAACAUGUUCUAAAACCAGAGGAAUUUGACAUUGUAGUGAAAUCUGUUCAGAUCACCUUGGAAUGUGGUCUGGGACAUCGCACGGUCCCUUUACUGUUAGUGGAAUCUGUAUUUUCAGGUGUUCUGAAAAACUGGUCUUCACUGACGGAGGUGACUGCUAAUAUGUCACUAGAGGUUCAUUAUUACAAUGAAACCUAUGCAGUGUGGGAGCCACUUAUUGAACGAAUCGAAGGAGGAAAGAAACAGUGGAGUUUAAAGCUGGAAAUGAAGACCAACCCUGUCCAAGAGAGAAGUUUGAUGCCUGGGGAUGAUUUCAUUGUUCUUCCUGAUCCACAAACUGCUGUUAACAUCUCUUCAAAGGAUACAAUGAAUAUAACAAUAUCCAAAUGUUCUCUUGCUGUUUUCAGUAAUCUGGCCAAGGCAUUUUCAGAAGGAACUGCAUCGACGUAUGACUAUUCCUUUAAAGAGACAGCGCCUUUCAUAGUGAAAAAUGCCCUGGGUGUUCCUCUCAAAGUGCUUCCUAGCUCCAGCUUUCGGGUAGUUGGUUCAGUUGACAAAGAAAACGUCAACGAAGUUGGAAUUGGUCAGAACAUGGAACUGGAAUACGCUGUGUUUGAAACACCCCAACGAGGAAAGUUGUCUGCGUUGUACCGACAAGAAAGUUCUAUCUUCUCUGUAAAUUUAGAACUACAAGGAUAUAAAGAAGUGGUAAACAUUCCCAUAGCCAAACCAGGUCGACGACUGUACAACAUAAAAAACCUUCUUGUUGAUCGUUCAGACUCGAUCAUUGUACAGAUAGAUGCUACAGAGGGAAACAAGGUUAUUACUAUACGAUCUCCUCUGCAGAUCAAGAACCAUUUCUCAGUGCCAUUUGUAAUCUAUAAACUGUCUAGAGACUCCAAGUCACUGGAGCCAAUUGGCAUAUCGAAGCCAGAAGAGGAAUUUCACGUUCCUUUACACUCUUACAGGUGUCAUCUAUAUGUUCAACCAACAGGAACGUUGCAAGGUCAGUUUAGAGAGUCCACGACUUACAUUGCCUGGAGGGAAGAGCUACACAGGAGCACUGAAGUAAAGUGCUUGUUACAGUGCCCAGCCUCGGAGACGAAUAUCUUGCCUUUAGUAAUCAGCUCAACAGCAGUACCUGAUGAACUAAAUUUUAUUUCAAGUUAUGGAGAGGAGUGGGAUCCUGCCUACAUUAUCCACCUCUACCCUACACUGACUGUGAGGAAUCUUUUACCAUAUUCCUUGAGAUAUUUACUUGAGGGAACAGCAGAAAUCCAUGAAUUGACGGAAGGGAGUGCUGCAGAUGUUUUUCAGUCAAGAAUCAGUGGAGAAAUAAUGGAGUUUGUGUUGAUGAAAUAUCAAGGCAAAGACUGGAACGGCCAUCUUAAAAUUUGGAAUGGGAUGCCUGAAUUUUUUUCUGUGUGUUGCACAUCCCAGUCUGGCGACGUGGAUAUUUACAUUCAUACCAGGCGAAUUGGAAGCCGAAUCAUCUUGUCAGUGUUCAGCCCUUACUGGAUAAUCAAUAAGACUUCCCGUGUUCUCCAGUAUCGAGCUGAAGACACUCACGUGAAGCAUCCAGCAGACUACAGAGAUAUUGUUUUGUUCUCCUUCAAAAAGAAGAAUAUUUUCAGUAAAAAUAAGAUCCAGUUAUGUAUUUCAACUAGCGGUUGGUCCAGUAGCUUUUCCCUUGAUACUGUAGGAAGCUAUGGAUGUGUCAGGUGUUCAGCAAACAACAUGGACUAUCUGGUUGGAGUUAGCAUCAAAAUGAGCAGUUUUAACCUUACCAGGAUAGUUACCUUCACCCCAUUCUACACAAUAGCAAACAAAUCUUCUCUGGAACUAGAGGUUGGAGAAAUUGGUCCUGAUGGCUCUUUUCCAACGAAUAAAUGGAAUUAUAUCUCAAGUUCAGAGUGUCUUCCGUUUUGGCCUGAAAAUUCAUCUGGUGAACUUUGUGUAAGAGUCGUUGGCUAUGGAGGAUCAUCCAAACCAUUCCUGUUUAAAUCCCAGGAUAAUGGAACUCUGCUGCGGCUGGAGGAAUUGCAUGGGGGCUUACUGGUAGAUGUGAAUGUUUCCGACCAUUCUACUGUCAUAAGCUUUUCGGACUAUCAUGAGGGAGCUGCUCCAGCUCUUAUUGUUAACCAUACUUCAUGGGACUCUCUCAGAUAUAAACAGAGUGGUUUACAAGGGGAAAUGGAGUUGAAACCAAACCAAGUAUGCUUGUUCGCAUGGACAGAUCCAACUAAAACAAGAAAGUUGACUUGGGGCUACUCUCAAAACUUUGGCGAACAUGACCUGCUUAAGGAUGGAUGUGGCCAGUUUCCUUACAAUGCAAAUACUCAAAUACACUGGGUGUCUUUCCUGGAUGGACGUCAGCGAGUGCUGCUAUUCACAGAUGAUGUUGCAUUAGUUUCUAAAGCCCGACAAGCAGAGGAGCUAGAGCAACCUGAUCAAGAAAUAAACUUGUCGAUCCAUAGUCUUGGACUUUCUCUUGUUAACAAUGAAAAUAAAAAAGAAAUCUCUUAUAUAGGAAUUACGAGUUCUGGUGUUGUUUGGGAACUGAAACCAAAGCAAAAGUGGAAACCAUUUAAUCAAAAGCAAAUAAACCUGUUGGAGCAAGCCUAUCAAAACCAUCUUUCUGGUGGUGCUGCAGGUUGGAAUAAACUAGAUGGCAAUUUUGAGGUGAAUUUUAGUAAGGUCCCAAUGGAAAUGCGUCUCCCAAUCAGAUGCAGCAUCCGACGCAACUUUCUGUCAGGAAUUCAGGUUGAAUUCAAACAGUCGCCUCACCAAAGAAGUUUACGGGCUCAGUUGUAUUGGCUGCAGGUUGAUAAUCAGUUACCAGGAUCCAUGUUUCCUGUUGUAUUUCACCCUGUGGCCCCUCCCAAGUCAAUUGCUAUGGAUUCAGAACCAAAACCCUUCAUUGAUAUCAGCGUCAUCACUAGAUUCAAUGAAUACAGCAAAGUGCUGCAAUUCAAAUACUUCAUGGUUCUUAUCCAGGAAAUGGCAGUGAAAAUUGAUCAAGGAUUUUUAGGAGCGCUUAGUGAACUUUUCACUCCAUCUACAGACCCAGAAGCUGAAAAACAAAGGUCUAAAUUAAUUCAGCAAGAUAUAGAUGCUCUUAGCACUGAGCUAAUGGAGUCUUCCCUAACAGACCUGUCAAUGCUCAGCUUCUUUGAGUACUUCCAUAUUUCUCCAAUUAAGUUGCAUUUGAGUCUGUCUCUGGCUUGUGGGGGAGAAGCAUCAGAGAGCAGGGAAGCAAUGAUAGCCAUCCGAUCUCUGAAUUUGCUCUUGAAAAGUAUUGGAGCUACUCUAACAGAUGUGGAUGAUCUGAUUUUCAAACUUGCUUUCUUUGAAAUUAAAUAUCAGUUCUACAAAAGAGACCAACUGAUGAAGAGAGUUGUUAGACAUUAUAGUGAACAACUCCUGAAACAGAUGUAUGUCCUUGUACUUGGCUUAGAUGUUCUUGGAAACCCAUUUGGCUUAAUCAGAGGUUUGUCUGAGGGAGUUGAAGCAUUCUUCUAUGAGCCAUUCCAGGGUGCUGUUCAGGGACCUGAAGAAUUUGCUGAAGGCAUUGUAAUUGGUGUUAAAAGUCUUGUUGGACACACAGUGGGUGGUGCAGCAGGGAUGAUGUCUAGGAUCACUGGUUCUGUUGGAAAAGGCUUGGCUGCUAUUACUAUGGACAAAGAAUUUCAGCAGAAACGGAGAGAGGAAAUGGGUCGGCAGCCAAAAGACUUUGGUGACAGCCUGGCCAAAGGGGGAAAAGGCUUGUUAUGGGGCGUUGUUGAAGGUGUGACGGGUGUGGUCACUAAACCUGUUGAAGGGGCUAAAAAAGAAGGUGCAGCUGGAUUCUUCAAAGGAAUUGGAAAGGGGCUUGUGGGAGUGGUAGCCCGCCCAACAGGUGGCAUCGUAGAUAUGGCAAGCAGUACCUUCCAGGGAAUUCAAAGGGUGGCAGAAUCAACUGAAGAAGUAUCUAAUCUCCGUCCUCCACGUUUCAUUCAUGAAGAUGGCAUCAUCCGGCCAUACAAUAGGGUGGAAGCUGAGGGUUAUGAACUAUUUGAGCAAGAACUGGAAUAACGGAGUAAACAUUUUCCAUAUUUCCUGUCCCUUUCCGUUGCAGUCUUUUCUGCCUUAAGUAGUUAGAUUAAGGGCGUGUUUGCGUUUAACAUGUCCUCUCGCCUUCGUUGAUUGUGUAACAGUUGAAUAAAAGUGUUUCAUGUCGUCUGGGCUAAGAAAGCAAGCAACCAAACUUGAAUAACCAUCUUUAGUAAAAUUAGAUGAGUAAAGUGAGCGAGGCAAGGAGGGUUUGUUUCCUGUAUAUUUGUUGUUCUAAGAAUGCUUAGCUCCUUAGGAAUGGCAGCAACAGAAGGCAUUUGGGGAAAAAGUCACGGUAAGGUAGCUGCUGAGUUCAUUAAUUGCUUAGAGUUCUUUUAGAGCUAGGGCUGUGGAUGAAGGGAGCAAACUUUUGAUACUCGUACAAAAUUUAAGAUAGUGAUAUUAUAUGGAUUUUUUUUCUGUGAAAAUGCUUAUAAUUUCAUGUUACAGAAAUACUGUUUCCAUAUAUAUUUUAAGAAAACAGGUUUAUGGUUUCUGUAAUAUGCCAUAGGCCUGUCAGUUAUACAUCUGAUAAGCCACUAUCACUUCAAGUUACUUAUACUUCUUUAUGAAACUUUAUCAAUUAAAAAAUCUGGCUAGCUCAGUGGAUUGUGGUUUCAUUCACAGAGUCUCCUAGGCCUUUACUAUUCAACAUACCUAAACGUAAACAUCAACUGUUCACAUGAAUUUACUUAUAUAUAAAAAAAUUAUCUAUCUCUAAGUUAAGCGGUGCCAUAAAUUUAAUUUCCUAUACAACAUUUCAUAAAUUAACAAGCUAAGCUUAAACUGGUCUCAGUAAAUUGUUGGCCUAUCAUACGUGAAAAAAAAACAUUAAGCAGAGAUGUCUCUCUACUGCUAGUGCCUAAUCUAAUGGCAGAUGACUCAGUUUAUAGGUACUAUUGCAGUUUCUUUCUGGAUCCAGUUUUGACCCAGCUUUGCAAGGAGCUUAACCACAAUCCCAACCCUCUUGUGUAUUUUAACUAACUUAAAUGCAUGUGUCACUUUGAAAUAAAUAUACACUGACAAGGUUGAAACCCUGUAAGGGUUACUUUAAGGAAUUGGUGUCUCUAUCUUAUCCAGUGGUUGAGCAGAAAAACCUUUUCACUUAAACACUCACUUGUAUCCAAAAUGUGGACAUUGGUAGACAUUAGAGCUCAGCUUAGGAGGAGCAUAGUCUUAGGUCUUAAAAGGCAAAUUGCUUUUUCCACUUUUAAGGGUUUUUUUUUUCGUUCAGAAUGACAGUAGCCAGAUGGAGUGGACCAGUUCACUUGUGUAAACUUACUUACACUGUGUAUUUUCCCCAAAGUGCUGGCUCUCUUGUAUGUGGGCUAAACAAGGCUCUGCUCAGUCAGUUCAAACCUGGGAAAGUCAGAUCUGGUAUCUUUCAGGCCACGUCUCUAGCCUAUGCAGUAGGGCUCAGCAGUACUGAUACAUUUUGUUAAACAUAAAUGCACAAUAUGUAUAGCUGGAGAAAUCAAAGAACAAGUAGGGAAACUCUAGAAGAACUGUUUUUCCAAGGAAUAAGUUCUCAUGAGUUUUAAUCUUUGUCUGAGGAGUGUUUGUAGUUGAUGAGAUUAGCUCGAACAGGUAAUGAAUCCUUUGGCUUUGCUCCUCUUUGCCUUUUAAGGUGCAGGUAUUGCUGCUUGCCUUGGUGAGGAGACUGCCUUCUAACCCCAGCACUUAGGGUCUGACAUGAUGCGAUUCAUGCAUUAUUCAGUGUCUAUGGUGUUACUGUGUUUCAUUUCCCAGUUAAAGCAUGGAGCUUUAUAAAGAAUGCAGAACGCUUCAUGAAUAAUUGAGACCUGGUGGUGAGACAGUGUGUGGCAGGGAGAAUACUAUGCUAGGUUUCAAGAAACUGCAGAUUCUAUUUCUGGUUGAGUCACUGUUCUGCAGUGUGAAUCUGCACUGGUUCUUUCAUUGCCAUGUUAAAUAAGAAUGAAUUCAAUGCCCCAAUAUUCUCAUAAAAAUAAAAGCUUUUGAUAAAGGUGCCUGAAUUUUAAGUGUGCAGACCAUGGAGUAAUUAGCGUCAAGUACAGCCGCUUUUUACAUCAUGCCACCACCAUCGUGCUGAUGUCUCUCAGGUGUAUUGAGAAUAGCUCUGAGAAAUAUUCCUUCUCUUGGGCACGGAGCUCGGUGGGAACUCUGACUUGAGUAACAUAUUGCAUGUAAAAUCUAAAAAUACUAUCGGGAUUGUUUCUGAAUUUGUGAGAAACAGACUUUCUCUCCAAAGCUUUGAGUUGAAAUAGAGGAGCAUGCUUAUGAAUAAAUCUGUUUAAACGUGUGGCACAUCUCAUUUCUGCAUAGCCAACAAAAGGUUUCAGAAUACGGAUUGCAGCCUUUGAAUUGCAGUCUUUACAGGGUGAUGGAUUUUGUAUAUCUUUAAUUUUUGCUUGUCUUUAAAGUAGCUGUGGUUCCGGUAGAAAAUGCGAGGUCAUAUUUUGAUUUUUAGUCCUAUGCUGCCAUCUUUCUUCUGAUGUUUUGAAGAAUGUUUGAGAUAAGCAGUCUCUCUGGCAUUUUUCUUCCUUUUAUGUACAUUUUACAAUUUCAGAAUUUAAGAUGGUCAGAAAGUGAUAUUUUUUUAUGGAAGAUAAUGGACACUAUAUUUUUGCUUGCUGCAAAAUGCUUAAUUGAAAUGUUUUUCAAAAUGUUACAUCUCUGGGGAGCAGUUUCAGGAAAACACUAUGCUGGUGGUUUCAACUCUUGACUAUUAAACCACUUUUGAGCUUAAAGAAUUUUUGGGGUCAAUUGCAAUGUAUGAUAAUGCUUUAAGACAUUUGUUGAACUUUUAAAUAUAUGAAAAUAAAGUGCAAAAAUAAAUGUUGAAGCCUCUUCUAAUUGAUACUGAUGUUAGCUGAGUUGAGAAAAGGUCUUUCCAUUUUAGUUAUUUAAACUACACAGAGUUCUUAGUCUGCAUGGUUGAUCACAGACAGAUAAAUAUGGAAUCAGGUUUAGCUUCUGUUGUCAUCUGAUCAGUUUUAUAGAUCCAGCUUUGGAAAUACAGAAUGAAAUGUAUCGUUACAAGGAAUAACUAAAAACAUCGUGAGUUUUCACUCUUCCCUCCUUAAUUUGUUCUUCUUAGCUUAUCAGAAAUAACUUCAUACAGAGGCCAAAUUGCUCAGUAACAGCUGUGAAACGAACCAAAGCUCAUCUUAUUUUGCUAUGAAGGGCAUCAAAUGAAUUUUGGGGCGUCGAAUUGCAGGCCCUUGCUAAACAUUGAUCUGAUGUGUGUGCAUUCUGCAUCCAAGCAGAGCGUGUAUGGCCUUUGUUCUUUCUUAUGUUUCCUCACAGUCCUACACAGGAGUGUAGCAUUUUCCAUUAAAAUAGAUGUAUGAUAAAAAAGGCAGUUGUUUUGGCUUCAAGUACAAAGCUAACAAGCUUCGACAUUGUGCCUGUAUAACUGUCUUUGUUCUUUUUUACUAAUAAAACUUUAUUUACAAGUGGAAUGUGUAUUUUGAAAAGGUUUCUUUUUCAUUCAUUGAGCCUUCACUUAGGGCAAAGUCUCGGGUAUGCACAUCCUCUUGCUGGUGCUUGUUUCCAAGAUUGAGACUAUCUAAUCCAAUUGCUCUGCUAGUACUGGUACUGCUGCCUUCUCAACGAUGUCUGGCUGCUUAUGAAUGACUUUGCAGAAUUCCAACAUCAGUGGUACUUUGCUUUGGAGGUUCAGAGAUGUGAGAUGAUUCAAGUACAGGGAUGUUAAUUCCUAGAAAUAAUUCCUGUAGGUAAUUGGUUUUACGUAAGACUUGCGCGUUAUGACACUGUUCCUGUGGUAGGUUUGCUACCUAGAGAAUUCAUGACCUCUGCAUUUAAUACAAAUUGUUUACAGAUAAGGUUCUUUAGUAACAUAUUAUUACAUAUUUACUGUGUACAUGGCACUUCUAUUCAGAUAUGAUUUCUAGCAACCUUACAGGUGCUAAAUAGAUACAGGAUUAUAACAGGAAAUGUGUAUUUUAAUUUUAGCAGACCCCUUCCAUCCUGGAAACUGCUGUUCACAGUAGCAACACAAGUACGUUUACCUGUAACACGGUUAAUGCAUUACAUAGUUAGUCAAGCAGGCAGCCAGGCAGGGUGGACAGAAACACAUCGCCUGCUUUCUGGCAAAUUCAUAGCAGAAGAACUAGUAGUAGGCACAGAUUUAUUCUCAUGCCAUGUUUGAGGUUGGUUUUCUGUUGGUAGUACAUGAUUCACUUAACAGUUUUAUCUUUCUGUACAUGAUGUAUUGAUGUGUAUGCAUUUCCCGUAAAUAUGUUGAUAUGUCACUUUGUGCAUCUCCUUGCCUUUAAGCUAGUGUUAUUGUGAGCUUGAUUUAGGGAUGACUGAGACUGUCUUCUGUGCUGCCCUUUGGAAUUGGUGGAAUAUUGUAAACCAGGUGACGUGCUCUAGAAAAUAUUAUACUUCAGUUAAACAGUAGGUACAGAAUAGGAAAUGUGAAAAAUAUGUAACUGUAAAAUUAAUGAUCUGCUAAAAAGAGUUAGGAAGCACUUCAGUACUUUAUUUCAAAACUUUUCUAACCUUUGCAUUCAUAGUUUGUCACUUGAGUUGUAUUCCUCUAACAAAUGUGAUGAUCAAUUUAAUCUAGAAUUUCGUAUACCUUUUUAAUUUUGUUGCUGAAUAGGCGGAUCCAUUCAGUACUUUGGAAGUCUGACCUCGAAACACAUUGACUAUUUUGAUCUUUGUAGUUAAUUUCUAAGGGUCUGGAAGGGUCUGGGUCCUGUGCUGGAGCCUUUAGAGUGACUGUUGCUGGAUUUUCACUGUUGAAUCAAAUGUUCAGCAUGGGAUGUAACAGGAUGAACAUUACUAAACAAUUAUUAAUACAGUAAGGAAAUUAAAGCUGGAGAAGGAGUCUGAUACUGUAGUGUCACCAUUCCACUUUGAGUGCAGCAGAUCAGACCUUCCAGUGACUCAGCCUCAAGAGUGAGAACACUGAGAGCCUGCCUUUAAAGAACCAGUUCAAUGAAGUAACUUUUCAAAAGGCUUUUGAAUUGAAAAUACUGCUUUGAGUCUUCUUUUUACAGCUCCAAAAUUAUUUUCUAUUUCUG